AUGGCGGAUAUCCAGAACCAAGCUGCCUGGCUUCCUUAUGCUAAGGCGACGCCUCUACAAGUUGGGCCAGCACCAAAACCUAGUCCAUUGCCGACAGAGGUUGUUAUCAAGGUCGCCUACACUGCUAUUAAUCUGGUAGACUACGGGAUGCAAGCAAGCCCAAAUUUUCAGCUCCCGUAUCCUUUUGUCCUCGGACAGGAUGUUGCAGGAACCAUUGUUGAAGUCGGUUCUAACGUCAAUACCCUCAAGGUUGGCCAGAGAGUGAUCGGGUAUGUUACACACCCAGUGUCAAAAUUGGAGCACUGUCUGACCAAAUCCAAUAGACACUGCCACGGUCUCCUCAGCGGAAAAGCUGCCAACAGUGGCUUCCAGCUUUAUAGCGCCUGUUUAGAGAUUUUGGUCGCCGCCAUCCCAGACUCUCUCCCUUUCUCCAGCGCGGUUGUUCUUCCUCUUUCGAUCUCCACUGCAGCCAGUUCGCUCUAUGUCCAGCUCCAACUCCCGCUACCAUCUUUCUCACCUCGCCCACUUGGGAAGAAGAUCUUACUUUGGGGCGGAAGCUCUUCCGUUGGUUGCUCAACUAUUCAACUCGCUGUCGCGUCGGGUCUUGAGGUCGUGACUACCGCCAGCGAGGCUAACCAUGCGUUGGUGAAGAGCCUCGGGGCCGCCCAAGUCCUUGACUACAAGAGCCCGAAAAUUAUCGAUGAUCUUGUCAACAUAUUGAACGAAAAUGAUUUUGUCGUCGACUGUAUUAGCAGUCCAGAAACGCAAGCUCAGUGCGGUGAAGUUCUGAGCAGAAUUGGAGGAGGCAAGCUGCCAGUAAUGAGAUUUCCCGAUGGGAAUUUCCCAGACAAUGUCAAAGCAGUCUUUGUCAACGGAGGAGACCCGGGUUUGGUCAACCUUGAUGUUGGAAAUGCGAUUUGGGGUGAAUAUAUUCCCACGGUAUUGGCAACAGGUCAAUUUCAGGUCAAACCAGACCCAUUCAUCAUCGGUGGGGGUCUUGAGAAAAUCCAGGAUGGCAUUGAUCUUCUUGCAAAGGGUGUCUCGGCAAAGAAGAUUGUUGUUGAGGUAUCAGAAGAUUAG